UGGUGUGAGGCCAUGGAGCAGUACACAGCCAACAGCAGCAGCUCCACGGAGCAGAUCGUGGUGCAGGCCGGGCAGAUCCAGCAGCAGCAGCAGGGAGGUGUCACUGCUGUCCAGCUGCAGACUGAGGCCCAGGUGGCAUCGGCCUCAGGCCAGCAAGUCCAGACCCUGCAGGUAGUGCAGGGGCAGCCGCUGAUGGUCCAGGUGAGCGGCGGGCAGCUCAUCACCUCCACCGGGCAGCCCAUCAUGGUGCAGGCCGUGCCCGGCGGGCAGGGCCAGACCAUCAUGCAGGUGCCGGUGUCGGGCACGCAGGGGCUGCAGCAGAUUCAGUUGGUCCAGCCAGGUCAGAUUCAGAUUCAAGGUGGGCAGGCUGUGCAGGUACAGGGGCAGCAGGGCCAGACCCAGCAGAUCAUUAUACAGCAGCCCCAGACUGCAGUUACUGCUGGCCAGACACAGACCCAACAACAAAUAGCAGUGCAAGGCCAGCAGGUCGCCCAGGCUGCUGAGGGCCAGACCAUCGUGUACCAGCCCGUGAACGCCGACGGCACCAUCCUGCAGCAAGUUACAGUCCCUGUUACAGGCAUGAUCACCAUUCCAGCAGCCAGCCUGGCUGGAGCACAGAUUGUCCAGACGGGAGCCAACACCAACACCACCAGCAGUGGCCAAGGGACGGUCACAGUGACACUGCCAGUGGCUGGAAACGUUGUCAAUUCAGGGGGAAUGGUCAUGAUGGUGCCUGGAGCUGGGUCAGUCCCAGCCAUCCAGAGAAUCCCCCUGCCUGGGGCAGAGAUGCUGGAGGAGGAGCCCCUCUACGUGAACGCCAAGCAGUACCACCGCAUCCUCAAGAGGAGGCAGGCACGGGCUAAGCUGGAAGCAGAGGGAAAAAUUCCCAAGGAAAGAAGGAAAUACCUGCACGAGUCGCGGCACCGACACGCCAUGGCCAGGAAACGGGGAGAGGGAGGACGCUUCUUCUCCCCCAAGGAGAAGGACAGCCCUCACAUGCAGGAUCCCACUCAGACCAACGAAGAAGCGAUGACACAGAUGAUCAGAGUCUCCUAACCGCUGCUGCCGGGGGAAAACACCUGGAUGGAAUUCCCGGCCCUCCUGCCAGUCUGUCCUGCCUGUCCAGUGUGUCCAGCGAGUCUCAGAGUGGGACAAUCAUCGUGUCACAGCCUGUCCUUUUCUACAGAACAAGCACCACGUGUUCGGGGCGUGGUGGAGAUUUUAACUCAACAAACAGACUUCCAGACUGCCUUGGUGCACUCUCCUGAUCCAGCACAGGGAGUUUGGAGUCUGAGAGCUCGUCAGCUGCACCACAGGACUGUGUUUGCCCAGCAGAGACGUAUUUCCAUCCACUCCUCACACCUUCGGACUUCGUUUCCCUGAACUGGUCCCUGUUGUUGCACUUCUGGACCUGGCAGAAACUGAAGGGGAUUCUUUUCAACUCCACCUUGUAAAUGUGUAAACAGCAAGCUCUUCCUGGGGAAAGGUUCAGCCAUCAGUCAAUGAUAGAAAUACUCAAGAUUACUGCAGGACUUGGUGUAUUGUGUGUCUGUUCCAAGAACUAAGGUGGGAGAGGGUGAUGUGGGGAGAAGGAUUUCAUUAGUAAAAGCAGUCUCUGGGGAGGGGGGGUUGUAUGUUUAUUGCCAGUAGUUAUUGCUUUGGAAGAAAACUGGAUGCGAGUAUAAAAGUGAUUUAAACUUUUAA